GGAUUUAUAAUCUCGCAGUGGUAACAGGCACAUCUCAUCUGUCCAGUGUUUGUCCACUAUAGUUUGCAUCCUUGUGCCAGCUCGGCCCCUCCCUCCUGCGAGCAUCAGGCGGACGCUGGUCCUCACUGCAGUCCGCAGUAAAUCCACCGAAGCCCGUCAGAGUGCAGCAGACUGCAGUCUCCAUCACACCGAUCCUCCUCCUCCACCUCCUCCCUGCGCUCCCCUGGCAGGUGGAAAGGACAAUGGCUUUCAUCUUAGUCCUGGCCACGUUGGCCCUGAUGGUCUCUGCUGAAGGAAGUGUUGGACCGAGUACCAACACCAGCUUUUGCACAGAGUCAAAGGAAUGUCUCGAGUAUGACCUGAUCUGCAAAACAGAUGAAUAUGAGGUGCGACACUACAGCCCCACUCGUUGGGUGUCAACAGAUGCCGAAGCCUAUUUCAUGGGCGUAGGUGCAGCCAUGGCCUUUAGGAGACUUUUCCAGUACAUCACUGGAGCCAAUGAAGGAGGCAUCCAGAUGGAGAUGACCGCCCCUGUCCUGGUCAAAAUCCCAGAGGAAACCAAGAUGUGGGAACCAGCUGUCUACACGCUCAAUUUCCCGCUCCCGGCAGCCUAUCAGGACAAACCACCCGUGCCCACCAAUGACAAGCUGUAUUUCACUGAGAUGCCAGAGAUGGACGUCUAUGUGAGGAGUUACGGAGGCUGGAUGCUGUCAGUCACCUCCAGGCUUCACGCUCACCUGCUGACUAAAGAACUAGAGAGAGUUCGGGCUUCUUACAACCACAGCUACCACUACGGAGUCGGCUAUGACAGUCCCCUGAAGCUGCUGAACAGGCACAAUGAGGUGUGGUAUGUGGCCGAGGGACAGCUAAUUUGCACAGAUCCACAGGAACCGACCCCUGCACAUACUCCCAGGCUGACUAUAACCAGCUCACUCACAGACUCGCCGUCUGAACCUCUUCCACACACACUCUCUGAUUCCCCCUCACUCGAUCCCUCCAACCUUUCCACAAACUCAACAUCCAACAACUCCUCUUCAGAAACACCCUCCGACACAACCACUCUCCUCCCAUCUAACGCUCCACCUAGUCAGUCAUCCGACAUGCUCGCUGAUGCCCCGUUCAGCCAUCCCACCACCUCCGCCCAGAUCCUGUUGGACAUAACAACCAACUCCUCUGAUGCCACCUCUGUGAGCCCAUCCCUGGUGCCCCAGUCUGAUGCUGCCCAGUGGAACAGCACAGCCCACAGCUUGGAUACACAAGCUGACAAUAACCCUGUGGUCGAGCCGGAUGACGCUCACUAGCUCAUUAGCGCCACUCAAAUUUGAUAUAAGCAGCUAUUCCAGCUAUAUUAACAUGGGAUCUAAACAGAAAUGAAGCAGUGGAGGUGGGUGAUAGAUGCAGAAGCUGUUCUCUUCCUCCUAAUCUCUCUAUUCCUAUGUAUUACACCAACUCCUUCUUAUGGCACUUAGUGUUAAACGAUAUGUUCUAUCACAGCUUUGCACCUGCAGCUUUCUGUAUCAGCAAACACAUGCUUGUCCACUUUGUCGUUUUGAGGUUAUCACGCCAGCUGCAUUAUAGAAUUAAGUAACAUGUAUGUAUUAGUUAGUUAUCCAUGGUUAUUGUGUUGAUUCAACUAGCUAAAGCUGAAGGCAGGGAUAGAUGCCGUUUAACCCUAAAACUAACUUAGCAACUAAUAGGACUUCAAUGGAAAUCUGUCUGUAAUCAGUGAGUGUAUGCUGGGACGUAGGCCCAUACUGUAUAUCAGAGGAAACUUAACAAUCAUAACGUGUUCUAGCCACACUUGUAAAAUGGAGUUUGAUGCUGUGAUUAGUGAUUCUUCAAAGUUCCUGUCAAUAGUUUUCGAGCCAUAACAUCCUACAAGCUUCUACUCUCUGUUCAGCUUCAUGUCGGUUAAUUUCAUGAUAUUGUAUAUGUGGCAACAUAUUGGUGAAUCGUUAUAAAAUCAGUGUGCACAUUCAUUGGGAUCUUUGGUGCAGGAUUAAACCUAAUACUUUAUGGUUAUAUAAUUGCAAGACAUUUCCCUAAUUAUUAUUUCUUCUGUCCCCCAAUAUUUGUGCUCAAAAGUGCCUGUAAAAACACUGACUGUAAGUUUUUCCUCAGUAUUUUAAAUCAAUUAUCAGGUAAGCUUUGAUCAGAUUUUGUGAAUGUAAUGAACAUAUUUAUUACAAUAAUAUAAAUUUGGAUUAUGACACCAGGGAUAAUGUGUUGUGGACCAGAAAAUGGCUUGUUGUUAGAGAUUUUCACUUAAUUUCUUUGUUAAAAGCUCAGCAAAAAAUAAUAAUAACAGCAAUAAAUAUUUUAUCGUCUUUGAAUCUAAAGUCUGAUCCACACAAGUCAAUUCCAAACCUAGGUGUAAAAAUGUAAGUUUUCUCGCUAAGUUAGAAGAAAAUGUUGCACAAGGUGACAAUUUUGUACAAAACAGCGAGAUGCGAUUAGUCCUCUGUUCACUUUGACCACAAUUAAAAGCUAUUAAUGUAUCAAAAUGUUGAAAGUUACUCCACCUAAACUUCUUAUAUUAAAGGUAUUCUGUUGAGUUUUUGAUGGCUAGUGGUGCUGUAGAGUCAUGCGUUGCUCUGUCAGCACACAGAGUCAACAGUGACAUGAUGCAUAUUUUGGCUGACUGCAGAGAGCUAUAUAUAUGCAAUAGUUGCAGGAUUCAAAAACCAAAUGUUUGUCAGGCCUCAAAUAUAUUAACAAAAUGUUUUAGUAAAAGAUUUUGAUUGUUAACAAAACCAUUAAAACCACUAGUUUUUGCACACUGUAGAAAUGAAAGCCUUAAAUCUUGGACAUACUUUGUAUCUGCACAUAGAAAAUCAGUCCUUAAUCCUGAUUUUAUAUAAUCUAAAAAGUGGCAGGACUGCCCCCAAAGAUCCCAAAAGAAUUACGCCUAAUCAAUCAAUGCAAUAUGAAUUACAUCAGUUAAUAAAUGACUUUCUCUAUCUGUGCGUGUCUGAGCUACAUCCUGUAUGUUCUGAGGAAGGUGCAAUAAAAAAACAACAAAACAUAACAAACUCAA